AUGAGUAGUGCUGUGACAAGGUUAUACAAAAAAGGUAUCAUAUUUAGAUUUAAAGAUAGUGGAAAGAAUUUUGUGGUUCAUUUAAUAACUAAGAAUGCAUAAUUGGAAGAGAAGAAGAAGAGUGAAGCUUAUGAAUUUAAAAAUAUUUUUUAAUGGCUGAAAGAACAUUUAUUACAAUCAAUUAAUUUCAUUCAUGUAUUUUUGAAUAGCUAAAAUACAGAACUACAAAUAAAAGAUAAUCGAUAAUCAAUUUGCUAUGAUUGUUACUAAAAUAUUUGAACAUGAAUAGGAUCUAAUAAAUUAAUUGCCACUAAUUUUAUCAAAAUAUAUUUCAAGACAUAUCUGA